UUGUAGACAGAUCAUGCGUAUAUUUUAUAUCGGGUUCUUGGGACUACUCCUGUCCAUCGCGACUGGUGCUCAAAAUGCAACGAACGUGACAACGGCAAUCAGCACCCAAGAAAUCAAACAGCAACCGUGUUGCGAAAGUGUUCGACAAACUCUAAUUGAAAUACGAAAAGAUAUACGGUUAUGGCUUUUAGACAGGCUUUUCGGGAAAUUAGUUCUAACGCAUGAAGGUGAACUACUUGUAAACUCAAUUGAUUGUGCACACCACAAAAAUAAACUAAUUGACUUGGAGGAUAGUGAUGAAUCAAGGAUUGAAGAAGCAGAUAAUAGCGAUGAAGAAAGUGAUCAAGCUUUUUCUAGUUCUUCGAAUUCAAAAAAGAAAAGCUAUCGCAAUUCGAAAUCGCAAAAAUCGCACUCUCGUUCUAAGCGAUCGAAGAGAUCGACUACAAGAAUAUCAAACGAAAACAAAUUUGAUUAUGAGGAUAAUGACGACUCAAACAUUGAAAAAACGGAUAAUAACGGUGAUGAAAACGACCCAGCUCAAACCAGAUCUUCGGUAUCAAACAAGGAGACAAUCCGCAGAUCAAAGUGGAAUAAGUCGAACUCAAUAUCAAAAAAAUCGAAGUCGUCUAGAAGAAAAUCAAAUAACAGCAAAUCUAAGAAACAUCGGUCUAAAUCAAGAUCUAAACGAUCCACAACAAAAAAUAAAAGAUCAAAACAAAGAACGUCCAAGAAAACUAAAGCCAAUGGUGCAAAAAAAAACCUAACUACGACAUCUACAACAAGAACGAUUAAAAAUUCUACUACUCCAGUAGAGAUUGAAUCUAGCACAGUUGCUGACGGAGGAAACACUGAACAGUCAAGUUCUUCAACCACAACUACAACGACAACAACAUUUUAUGAUCCUACCUCAUCUUCUUCGACAACAACAUCUUCAGAAAGAAAUGAACAGUCAAGCUCUUCUACUACUCCAGUAGAGAGUGAAUCCAGCAUAGUUGUUGACGGAGGAAACACUUACCAGUCAAGUUCUUCAACCACAACUACAACAACAUCUUCUGAAGGAAGCGAUCCUACCUCAUCUUCUUCGACAACAACAUCUUCAGAAGAAAAUAAACAGUCAAGCUCUUCUACUACUCCAGUAGAGACUGAAUCGAGCACAGGUGUUGACGGAGGAAACACUGACCAGUCAAGUUCUUCAACCACAACUACAACGACAACAACAUCCUCUGAAGGAAGCGAUCCUACCUCAUCUUCUUCGACAACAACAUCUUCAGAAGGAAAUGAACAGUCAAGCUCUUCUACUACUCCAGUAGAGAGUGAAUCCAGCACAGUUGUUGACGGAGGAAACACUGACCAGUCAAGUUCUUCAACCACAACUACAACGACAACAACAUCUUCUGAUCCUACCUCAUCUUCUUCGACAACAACAUCUUCAGAAGAAAAUGAACAGGCAGGAACUUCUACUACUCCAGUAGAGAGUGAAUCCAGCACAGUUGUUGACGGAGGAAACACUGACCAGUCAAGUUCUUCAACCACAACUACAACGACAACAACAUAUUCCGAAGGAAGCGAUCCUUCUUCAUCUUCUUCGACAACAACAUCUUCAGAAGGAAAUGAACAGUCAAGCUCUUCUACUACUCCAGUAGAGAGUGAAUCCAGCACAGUUGUUGACGGAGGAAACACUGACCAGUCAAAUUCUUCAACCACAACUACAACUACAACAACAUCUUCUGAUCCUACCUCAUCUUCCUCGACAACAACAUCUUCAGAAGGAAAUGAACAGUCAAGCUCUUCUACUACUCCAGUAGAGAGUGAAUCCAGCACAGUGGUUGACGGAGGAAACACUGACCAGUCAAGUUCUUCAACCACAACUACAACUACAACAACAUCUCCUGAUCCUACCUCAUCUUCUUCGACAACAUCAUCUUCAGAAGGAAAUGAACAGUCAAGCUCUUCUACUACUCCAGUAGAGAGUGAAUCCAGCACAGUUGUUGACGGAGGAAACACUGACCAGUCAAGUUCUUCAACCACAACUACAACUACAACAACAUCUUCUGAUCCUACCUCAUCUUCUUCGACAACAACAUCUUCAGAAGGAAAUGAACAGUCAAGCUCUUCUACUACUCCAGUAGAGAGUGAAUCCAGCACAGUUGUUGACGGAGGAAACACUGACCAGUCAAGUUCUUCAACCACAACUACAACGACAACAACAUCUUCUGAAGGAAGCGAUCUUACCUCAUCUUCUUCGACAACAACAUCUUCAGAAGGAAAUGAACAGUCAAGCUCUUCUACUACUCCAGUAGAGAGUGAAUCCAGCACAGUUGUUGACGGAGGAAACACUGACCAGUCAAAUUCUUCAACCACAACUACAACGACAACAACAUAUUCCGAAGGAAGCGAUCCUUCUUCAUCUUCUUCGACAACAACAUCUUCAGAAGGAAAUGAACAGUCAAGCUCUUCUACUACUCCAGUAGAGAGUGAAUCCAGCACAGUUGUUGACGGAGGAAACACUGACCAGUCAAAUUCUUCAACCACAACUACAACUACAACAACAUCUUCUGAUCCUACCUCAUCUUCCUCGACAACAACAUCUUCAGAAGGAAAUGAACAGUCAAGCUCUUCUACUACUCCAGUAGAGAGUGAAUCCAGCACAGUGGUUGACGGAGGAAACACUGACCAGUCAAGUUCUUCAACCACAACUACAACUACAACAACAUCUUCUGAAGGAAGCGAUCCUACGUCAUCUUCUUCGACAACAACAUCUUCAGAAGGAAAUGAACAGUCAAGCUCUUCUACUACUCCAGUAGAGAGUGAAUCCAGCACAGUUGUUGACGGAGGAAACACUGACCAGUCAAAUUCUUCAACCACAACUACAACUACAACAACAUCUCCUGAUCCUACCUCAUCUUCUUCGACAACAUCAUCUUCAGAAGGAAAUGAACAGUCAAGCUCUUCUACUACUCCAGUAGAGAGUGAAUCCAGCACAGUUGUUGACGGAGGAAACACUGACCAGUCAAAUUCUUCAACCACAACUACAACUACAACAACAUCUUCUGAUCCUACCUCAUCUUCUUCGACAACAACAUCUUCAGAAGGAAAUGAACAGUCAAGCUCUUCUACUACGCCAGUAGAGAGUGAAUCCAGCACAGUUGUUGACGGAGGAAACACUGACCAGUCAAGUUCUUCAACCACAACUACAACGACAACAACAUCUUCUGAAGGAAGCGAUCUUACCUCAUCUUCUUCGACAACAACAUCUUCAGAAGGAAAUGAACAGUCAAGCUCUUCUACUACUCCAGUAGAGAGUGAAUCCAGCACAGUUGUUGACGGAGGAAACACUGACCAGUCAAAUUCUUCAACCACAACUACAACGAAAACAACAUCUUCUGAAGGAAGCGAUCCUACCUCAUCUUCUUCGACAACAACAUCUUCAGAAGGAAAUGAACAGUCAAGCUCUUCUACUACUUCAGUAGAGAGUGAAUCCAGCACAGUUGUUGACGGAGGAAACACUGACCAGUCAAGUUCUUCAACCACAACUACAACGACAACAACAUCUUCUGAAGGAAGCGAUCCUACCUCAUCUUCUUCGACAACAACAUCUUCAGAAGGAAAUGAACAGUCAAGCUCUUCUACUACUCCAGUAGAGAGUGAAUCCAGCACAGUUGUUGACGCAGGAAACACUGAACAGUCAAGUGCUUCAACCACAACUACAACGACAACAACAUCUUCUGAAGGAAGCGAUCCUACGUCAUCUUCUUCGACAACAACAUCUUCAGAAGGAAAUGAACAGUCAAGCUCUUCUACUACUCCAGUAGAGAGUGAGUCCAGCACAGUUGUUGACGGAGGAAACACUGACCAGUCAAGUUCUUCAACCACAACUACAACUACAACAACAUCUUCUGAUCCUACCUCAUCUUCUUCGACAACAACAUCUUCAGAAGGAAAUGAACAGUCAAGCUCUUCUACUACUCCAGUAAAGACUGAAUCCAGCACAGGUGUUGACGGAGGAAACACUGACCUGUCAAGUUCUUCAACCACAACUACAACGACAACAACAUCUUCCGAAGAAAGUGAUCCUACAUCAUCUUCUUCGAUAACAACAUCUUCAGAAGGAAAUGAACAGUCAAGUUCUUCUACUACUCCAGUAGAGAGUGAAUCCAGCACAGUUGUUGACGGAGGAAACAUUGACCAGUCAAGUUCUUCAACCACAACUACAUCGACAACAACAUCUUUUGAAGGAAGCGAUCCUACCUCAUCUUCUUCGACAACAACAUCUUCAGAAGGAAAUGAACAGUCAAGCUCUUCUACUACUCCAGUAGAGAGUGAAUCCAGCAUAGUUGUUGACGGAGGAAACACUGACCAGUCAAGUUCUUCAAACACAACUACAACGACAACAACAUCUUCUGAAGGAAGCGAUCCUACCUCAUCUUCUUCGACAACAACAUCUUCAGAAGGAAAUGAACAGUCAAGCUCUUCUACUUCUCCAGUAGAGAGUGAAUCCAGCACAGUUGUUGACGGAGGAAACACUGACCAGUCAAGUUCUUCAACCACAACUACAACUACAACAACAUCUUCUGAUCCUACCUCAUCUUCUUCGACAACAUCAUCUUCAGAAGGAAAUGAACAGUCAAAUUCUUCUACUACUCCAGUAGAGACUGGUGUUGACGGGGUAAACACUGACCAGUCAAGUUCUUCAACCACAACUACAACGACAACAACAUCUUCUGAAGGAAGCGAUCCUACCUCAUCUUCUUCGACAACAACAUCUUCAGAAAAAAAUGAACAGUCAAGUUCUUCUACUACUCCAGUAGAAAGUGAAUCCAGCACAGUUGUUGACGGAGGAAACACUGACCAGUCAAGUUCUUCAACCACAGCUACAACUACAACAACAUCUUCUGAAGGAAGCGAUCCUACCUCAUCUUCUUCGACAACAACAUCUUCAGAAGGAAAUGAACAGUCAAGCUCUUCUACUACUCCAGGAGAGAUUGAAUCCAGCACAGUUGUUGACGGAGGAAACACUGACCAGUCAAGUUCUUCAACCACAACUACAUCGACAACAACAUCUUCUGAUUCUACCUCAUCUUCUUCGACAACAUCAUCUUCAGAACGAAAUGAACAGUCAAGUUCUUCUACUACUCCAGUAGAGACUGGUGUUGACGGGGGAAACACUGACCAGUCAAGUUCUUCAACCACAACUACAACGACAACAACAUCUUCUGAAGGAAGCGAUCCUACCUCAUCUUCUUCGACAACAACAUCUUCAGAAGAAAAUGAACAGUCAAGCUCUUCUACUACUCCAGUAGAAAGUGAAUCCAGCACAGUUGUUGACGGAGGAAACACUGACCAGUCAAGUUCUUCAACCACAACUACAACGACAACAAUAUCUUCCGAAGGAAGCGAUCCUACCUCAUCUUCUUCGACAACAACAUCUUCAGAAGGAAAUAAACAGUCAAGUUCUUCUACUACUCCAGUAGAGAAUCCUACCUCAUCUUCUUCGACAACAACAUCUUCAGAAGGAAAUGAACAGUCAAGCUCUUCUACUACUCCAGUAGAGAGUGAAUCCAGCACAGUUGUUGACGGAGGAAACACUGACCAGUCAAGUUCUUCAACCACAACUACAACGACAACAACAUCUUCUGAAGGAAGCGAUCCUACCUCAUCUUCUUCGACAACAACAUCUUCAGAAGGAAAUAAACAGUCAAGUUCUUCUACUACUCCAGUAGAGAGUGAGUCCAGCACAGUUGUUGACGGAGGAAACACUGACCAGUCAAGUUCUUCAACCACAACGACAACAACAUCUUCUGAAGGAAGCGAUCCUACCUCAUCUUCUUCGACAACAACAUCUUCAGAAGGAAAUGAACAGUCAAGCUCUUCUACUACUCCAGUAGAGAGUGAAUCCAGCACAGUUGUUGACGGAGGAAACACUGACCAGUCAAGUUCUUCAACCACAACUACGACGACAACAAUAUCUUCCGAAGGAAGCGAUCCUACCUCAUCUUCUUCGACAGCAACAUCUUCGGAAGGAAAUGAACAGUCAAGCUCUUCUACUACUCCAGUAGAGACUGAAUCCAGCACAGUUGUUGACGGAGGCAACACUGACCAGUCAAGUUCUUCAACCACAACUACAACGACAACAACUUCUUCAGAUCCUACCCCAUCUUCUUCGACAACAACAUCUUCAGAAGGAAAUGAACAGUCAAGCUCUUCUACUACUCCAGUAGAGAGUGAAUCCAGCACAGUUGUUGACGGAGGAAACACUGACCAGUCAAGUUCUUCAACCACAACUACAACGACAACAACUUCUUCAGAUCCUACCCCAUCUUCUUCGACAACAACAUCUUCAGAAGGAAAUGAACAGUCAAGCUCUUCUACUGCUCCAGUAGAGAGUGAAUCCAGCACAGUUGUUGACGGAGGAAACACUGACCAGUCAAGUUCUUCAACCACAACUACAACGACAACAACAUCUUCUGAAGGAAGCGAUCCUACCUCAUCUUCUUCGACAACAACAUCUUCGGAAGGAAAUGAACAGUCAAGUUUUUCUACUACUCCCGUAGAGAGUGCAUCCAGAACAGUUGUUGACGGAGGAAACACUGACCAGUCAAGUUCUUCAACCACAACUACAACGACAACAACAUCUUCCGAAGGAAGCGAUCCCACAUCAUCUUCUUCGACAACAACAUCUUCAGAAGGAAAUGAACAGUCAAGUUCUUCUACUACUCCAGUAGAGACUGAAUCCAGCACAGGUGUUGACGGAGGAAACACUGACCAGUCAAGUUCUUCAACCACAACUACAACGACGACAACAUCUUCCCAAGGAAGCGAUCCCACCUCAUCUUCUUCGACAACAACAUCUUCAGAAGGAAAUGGGCAGUCAAUUUCUUCUACUACUCCAGUAGAGAGUGAAACUAGCACAGUUAUUGACGGAGGAAACACUGACCAGUCAAGUUCUUCAACCACAACUACAACGACAACAACAUCUUCCGAAGGAAGCGAUCCUACUUCAUCUUCUUCGACAACAACAUCUUCGGAAGGAAAUGAACAGUCAAGCUCUUCUACUACUCCAGUAGAGACUGAAUCCAGCACAGUUGUUGACAAAGGCAACACUGACCAGUCAAGUUCUUCAACCACAACUACAUCGACAACAACAUCUUCUGAUCCUACCUCAUCUUCUUCGACAACAACAUCUUCAGAAGAAAUUGAACAGGCAGGAACUUCUACUACUCCAGUAGAGAGUGAAUCCAGCACGGUUGUUGACGGAGGAAACACUGACCAGUCAAGUUCUUCAACCACAACUACAACGACAACAACAUCUUCUGAAGGAAGCGAUCCUACCUCAUCUUCUUCGACAACAACAUCUUCGGAAGGAAAUGAACAGUCAAGCUCUUCUACUACUCCAGUAGAGACUGAAUCCAGCACAGUUGUUGACGGAGGAAACACUGACCAGUCAAGUUCUUCAACUGCAACUACAACGACAACAACAUCUUCCGAAGGAAGCGAUCCUACCUCAUCUUCUUCGACAACAACAUCUUCAGAAGGAAAUGAACAGUCAAUUUCUUCUACUACUCCAGUAGAGACUGAAUCCAGCACAGGUGUUGACGGAGGAAACACUGACCAGUCAAGUUCUUCAACCACAACUACAACGACGAGAACAUCUUCCCAAGGAAGCGAUCCCACCUCAUCUUCUUCGACAACAACAUCUUCAGAAGGAAAUGAACAGUCAAGCUCUUCUACUACUCCAGUAGAGACUGAAUCCAGCACAGUUGUUGACGGAGGAAACACUGACCAGUCAAGUUCUUCAACUACAACUACAACGACAACAACAUCUUCCGAAGGAAGCGAUCCUACCUCAUCUUCUUCGACAACAACAUCUUUAGAAGGAAAUGAACAGUCAAGCUCUUCUACUACUCCAGAAGAGAGUGAGUCCAGCACAGUUGUUGACGGAGGAAACACUGACCAGUCAAGUUCUUCAACCACAACUACAACGACGACAACAUCUUCCCAAGAAAGCGAUCCCACCUCAUCUUCUUCGACAACAACAUCUUCAGAAGGAAAUGGGCAGUCAAGUUCUUCUACUACUCCAGUAGAGAGUGAAACUAGCACAGUUGUUGACGGAGGAAACACUGACCAGUCAAGUUCUUCAACCACAACUACAAAGACAACAACAUCUUCCGAAGGAAGCGAUCCUACCUCAUCUUCUUCGACAACAACAUCUUCGGAAGGAAAUGAACAGUCAAGCUCUUCUACUACUCCAGUGGAGACUGAAUCCAGCACAGGUGUUGACGGAGGAAACACUGACCAGUCAAGUUCUUCAACCACAACUACAACGACAACGACAUCUUCUGAAGGAAGCGAUCCUACGUCAUCUUCUUCGACAACAACAUCUUCAGAAGGAAAUGAACAGUCAAGUUUUUCUACUACUCCAGUAGAGAGUGAAUCCAGAACAGUUGUUGACGGAGGAAACACUGACCAGUCAAGUUCUUCAACCACAACUACAACGACAACAACAUCUUCCGAAGGAAGCGAUCCCACAUCAUCUUCUUCGACAAAAACAUCUUCAGAAGGAAAUGAGCAGUCAAAUUCUUCUACUACUCCAGUAGAGAGUGCAUCCAGCACAGUUCUUGACGGAGGAAACACUGACCAGUCAAGUUCUUCAACCACAACUACAACGACAACAACAUCUUCUGAAGGAAGCGAUCCUACCUCAUCUUCUUCGACAAAAACAUCUUCAGAAGGAAAUGAGCAGUCAAGUUCUUCUACUACUCCAGUAGAGAGUGAAUCCAGCACAGUUGUUGACGGAGGAAACACUGACCAGUCAAGUUCUUUAACCACAUCUACAACGACAACAACAUCUUCUGAAGGAAAUAAACAGGCAAGAUCUUCGACGUCUCCUAUAAUUAAGGAAUCGAACACUACCGUUGAGGGAGGCAAUACCGGCCAAACUAAGUCUUCAACCACAACAACAACGACUAUAACAUCAUCUUCCAAUGGAUCUAAACCCUCCAGUUCUACCACUACAUCCACUUCUAGAAAUGAAAGCAAUAAUUCUAGCGCGUCUUCUAAGGCAAAUGGUGGCCGUAAAACUUCUUCUUCUACAACGAAAACGACCAAAACAACAUAUUCGUCUUCCCCAAGAAGAAACAACUCCAAGUCAACAACUUGGACAUCUUCUGAACAGACACAACAAUCAGGAUCUUCGACUUCUCCAAUAGUUAAGGAGUCGAGCACUACCGUUGAGGGAGGAAAUGCCGGCCAAACUAAGUCUUCAACCACAACAACAACGACUAUAACAUCAUCUUCCAAUGGAUCUAAACCUUCCAGUUCUACCACUACAUCCACUUCUAGAAAUGAAAACAAUAAUUCAAGCGCGUCUUCUAAGGCAAAUGGUGGCCGUAAAACUUCCUCUUCUACAACGAAAACGACAAAAACAACAUAUUCUUCUCCCCCGAGAAGAAACAAUUCCAAGUCAACGUCUUGGACAACGCGAUCAAGCUCUUCAAGGAGCACAUCAAACAAUAAACGCAAUAGUGCAGGACCUACUGUAAUAUCUAGGAACAACGUUGGCAGUACGGAUGAAACUUCAGGUCCUUCCUAUGGUGGCGAUAAUGGCAACGGAUACGGCGCCAAUUGGCGUACUUGGGCCAAGCAGUCGAGCACCAACACAAAGGAUUCAUUAGGAGCAAAAUCUGUAGUAGAUAACGCUGCUCAAACAGGUCCACCUAGUUCUCAUUCAUGGUCUCAGCGAUCGGGCUUUUCCAGGAGCAGCUCUGACCCGCAAGAAAUUGAUAACGAUGCCAAUGAACAGCUUCCGUCGGCCAGUUCCGCAGACAACAUGGAGGGAAUUACCAAUGAGGGCUCCGCAUCGAGCGAUGGAGAGACAGGCGAAUCUGGAAGCUAUCAAGGAGCUUAUCCAUACAGAUGGCGUUGGGUGGUCCAGGGAUUUGAGUUGGCGGUUCAGUACUGGUCGAGGAACCCAAACACAAUGUCGGCUCCGUGGUGGCUGAGUAUGAGGCACUCGAAACUUCCCAAAUCAAUAAAUAAAUAA